UGAUUCGGGCAUUCCUUCGAACAUUAAAAUAAUAACUGAGAGUAUGCCGGCCAGGAGAAGCAUUGCAGCGUGUAGGAACAGUAGUCCAGGAUACGGUGCCAAUUACACGGAUGAGGCGGCGUACAAAGAGAAAAGAAAAAGAAACAAUGAAGCUGUUAAGAAGACCCGAGAGAAGUCUAAGCAAAUUGCAGCACAACGAAAGGCAAAUGUAGAGAGGUUAAAAAAGCAGAACACUCAAUGGAAAACUAACAUCAAGGAAGCAAAGGAAAGUUUAGAGACCUUAAAAGACCUUUUGCUUCGCCAGGCCAAACCCGAAGAACGUGACAAUAUUAUUAAGCAAAUCAUUGAAGAGCCAACUGAUGAUGAAGAUGAUGAAUAGCCGCUAAAGACCUUUAUGAUAGAAUUGAAUUAUCUUAAGCGGCUUGCCUAGAACUAAUUCCUUGAAAAGCCAACGAAUAACGAAGAAUUCACUUUUCUUAAGGAGCUUAAGUAGACAAAGCAUUUCUUUUAACUCUUGUAUGUCCAUUAAAUAAUUGUAUGAAGCUGUAAAUACCAUUUAGUGUAAUAUAAAUAAUAAGGAACAGAUAGAUUUUGUUGUUACUAA